CACCGGCUCGUUUCUCAUGAGAAACUCAUUAACUUCAUAAAUAUAUCGUGACAGCAGCACUGGAAGUGUCCUGUUACUACAGCCUUUCUAUGGAGUUUUCACCAGAAAUCGCUGUUCUCCAAUCGUCUUUACAGCUUGCCUACACAGAGAAAUCUAAAGAAGAUGAAAAACCAUGCUCUAAGUUUAUAAAGAUUGUUGCUUCUGCUGUCCAUGAGGUUAUUGAUGGACUUGAAAGUGAGAGGUCUGACCUGGACAAACAGUUCUGGAGAUUCAAAGUUUUUUCAUUGCUUCUCAACAAAGUGCUUUAUUCUGAGGAGCAGAUCCAGAUUUGUACAUCGGCCGAUGGUCCAGCAAACUCUGUGAAUCAGAUCUGUCAGCAGUUACCUCCCCUCCAGCUGACAUCAUUUUUGGAAAUCGUCAAAAAGCUUGACUGGUUUGAAUUGCUUUCUCAGGGUCUCUGUGUUCUGGAUCCAGUGACCUCUCAGCAGUUGGUGUCACGUGUGAUUCAUCAUGCCACGGAGUACCCAGUCGACAGGAACGAUGCUCUGCUCAUCUCCGCCACUCUCGACUGUGUUAUUUCCCGGUGGAUAUCUAGCAUGAUGGACGGCAGCAUUGUAACUGAAACAACAGGCAACAUCGCAUCUUGGUUGAAUAACAUUUUUCUUUUCUUAACCAACGUUCUUGGUAAGGAGUUCAGAAAAACUGAUGAUGACAUCAGCUUUCUGUUACACAUUUUCACACAGCUUACAUUAUGUGGGGUUUUGUCUGAUUUGACAGACGAUUCGAGAGGAAAAGUAAACAAGUUGAUGAACAGUGCAUUACAGACAAGGGAAAUAACUGGUAACAAACAAAGUGGAUCAUUUUCCCAGUGUUGUACUUGGUUUAAGACACACACCUUAAACUCAACACAAAUCAGUGUAAUGUCUCUACCCAUUGAUUUUCCAUUUUGUGAAUGGAUGAAAACAUUCAGUACACUGUGUGUCAUUCUUAAAGAAAAUUGUCCUGAACUUGAUCAAUGUCUUAAAGACUUUGAAGAUAGAGUGCUCAUAGUUUUAGAUCACAUGUUUACAUUUUCUCUAGAACCUCUUGUUUCGUGUUUCUCUCAGCUGAUUGAGAAUGAGCAAUAUAUUGUGUUGUUAAAGCAGGCUGAUGUACCCAAUCUUGUACAGACUUGUAACAUGAUGGCUGAAAUAUCUCAACAGUUGUUGGCUUCCCUGUCCGAGAUGAAGGAAAAGAGACAGAGGGAGGAAAGGGAACACUACAGUACAUUUUCUUUGGAAGAUAUCUUAAAACACCGACUUCCUGGUUGUGAAGAACUGUUGAUGAACAUCUUAUCUGAUUUUGACUUAACGUGGUGGAGUAAAAACAGUGUGUGUAAGGACCUCUUGGAGAAUAUUGACUUGUUUUGUGAUGUCGACCACAUCAAGCAGUUGAAGCUGAUUGUCCAGCGAGGCCGCGAGGUCCACCCGGAGAACACCACAGCUUUAAACAAUGUUAGAAAGGUUUUGUUGACAGCUUUCUCUCGACUUCCCAUGAUCGUCCAGGAACAACUGAUUGUUGAGCAAUACCUGAAUGAAUCUGACCCGACCUUCUUGUCGUCUGUCGGUGCAUUUCAUAAAGACAUUACCAUCAUUUUUAACAAGUUUACAUCAGAUUCAGAUGAUAAGUUAUUGUUUGCUGUUCUUGGUCUGGCGUUACAAGAUCCGCUGCAUGUGAUACUGAAAUCGGUGGAGACGGCUGUCAGAAAUAGUGGACAGAUACCGGUCGUGUUGAAGAUUUUGCAGACUUUGCCGGACCUGUGUCGCUGUUUUCACUCCGAGUUCCACCGCGAUGAGUCUCUGCUGUCACACGUUGUACACUCCAGUCUGAUGUCAGGAUGCCUUCAAGACAAGGAGAAGACAAACAUUAUCAAUCUCAUUCUGCUAGCAGUUCAGAAUUUUGAAACAAAAGUGUGUGGGCGUUUUUUGCAAGAAGCACCAGUGUUACAUUCAUCAGAAUUUAUCUCGAAGACUGUCCUUCCUUACAUUGGUGUGGAGACCAUGUUUGAAUCGGACCAACCAAUAAGUGUUGAGUUUUCUCUCAGACUUCUCACCUCUGUCAUAGAGGAAGUCGGAGGUGACGGAACCAGUAGCUUGGCAGCCAUCUUGAAUCCUUGUCCACUCAUGUUGUGUCUUUGUGCUCUGCUUCAUGAGUGCAUUGUGCUGAGUGAUGAUCCAGAUCGCUUCGUUACCAAGGCAACAAUAAGACGGCUGUGCACCCAAUGUUGGUUGUCAGUGGAGAAGAUGCUCAGGAUAAAGUCAUCCAGUUUCACAGACCUGGAAGUCAAUUGGCUGCUUUCUGAGGUGAAGUAUUUAGAUUGGACAGUUUUGUUGCGGCUACAAAUGACUCUCUGUGUUUUACAAGGAAAGAACGAAGAGGAUGGAUUUCUGGAUAAUGUUGCUAGCCAUUUGACUUCAGAUUAUAACUACGUUUCACUGUUCCGAUUUGUUUCACUAUCUGACGAGAACCUCAAAGCUGUUGGUCUGCCAGAUCCAGUUGUUGUUGAAGAGAUAAUCUUAUCACUACUACAGGUGUUACCAAAUGUUACGGCAGAUGAAGCAAAAAGAGUAUGUGUGUACGUCAAGUGUUUACUGUCUACCAGCCAUUCACACUUUCCAUUUAGAUUAUUUUUCCAAGAUACUAUUGACCUCUACGACUUUCAAGGUAUGAAAGGUGCGCUUCACCUUUCUCAGGUGUUAAUGGAGGUGUUUGUUCUCACUGUCCAGUCACCUCACCUCUUCCCCUCAGUUGUGUUGAGACACAUGGCAGCCUGCUAUGUUGCAGUUAUGAAGAACAUAACCAAGGAGAAUUUUUUGAAUGAAGACCACCUCACAGUGACCUUCACCUUGAGUCAGAUGUUUUGUCAUGUCAGCAUCAUCACCUCUCUCAUGACCUCUGACCUCUCACAAGCAUUGUUUGUUCUCCUGCUUGACAUUCUGUCUAAGUACGUGGAACACACAGAUCGGUUUGGUUCCGACGAGUUGAAGCUUGAUGAACAGAGUAUGUGGGAACCACUUUGUCAGGCAGUACAGAUGAUAGAACAUGAAGACAUUAGAAACAAUUUGAUGAACAAAUUGAAAGAGCGUUACACAAGUGCCGGUUAUUAGACACUACAGUAACUCUUUUUUUUUAUUGUAUUUUAUGACAAAUGCAGGGGUGUAGGGGUGCUUCGUCCGAAGCAUAUGGUCCGCUUUCAGAACUAAAACAUACUGGUUUAUACAUAUGGAGUUUCUGGUGGUGCAAAAACAAAAUAGAAAAGGUCCACUUGGUUCAUAUUCUGAAACCAAUGAUAAUGACUGUGUAAAAUGAGCUUGGUUCAAAGCCAGGUUUUUUGGUUUAACAAAUUGUAUUUUUUAAAAACAUAAAGUGAUCUAAAACUUUAGCCAUUCACAGCAUCAUAUUUUUACUUUUAACUCCAGGUUACUUUUUGUUUUGCAAUUUUUCACAAUAUUUUCUGUUUCUUAAAUUAUAAUACAUUUAUGUAUGUAUUAAUAUGCAUAUUUAAUUGCAGCUUAUGUGGGGAUGUGUGCCUUGACGUUAAAAUGAAACAAAUAUACAUAUAUGUUUUUACAAUUUUAUAGAUAAUUUGGCAAAACUUCCUGCUCACCCAGAGCUAGCCCUGUAUGCCAGUCAUAAAUACUACCACUCUUUGCCCACAAGUAAUUUGUUUUUUCUAAAUGAAGGUUAAGAUGCUACUAUCCUAUCUUUUGUGGCUUGUUCCUCAGUUGAGUAGAUGUCUCAAUACUGAUUAUAUUUUUAACUUCAGGUCAUGAUUUUAAGGCUGCCCAACAAAAACUUGUUUUUUCUUUCAAGAAUGAAUCACACAAUGUAAUGUCUGUCACAUGGUUCCAAACAGUAAUGGGUCUGGGACUAAUUGUUCGUGGAGGGCCCCAGGCCUUGACCGUAACUUUUUUCAAUGGUAGCCCACUGGGCUACGAGGUUAUAGAAUUUGGUAAAAGAAACAUUCAUUUUUAUUUGAACGUUUUAGAUUGGGGGUUUUUAAGGUGUUUAAGCAUCUUGUUGAUUGCAGAGUAACUAGAUGUACAAAAACAUUCUAGUAGCCCGGCAGACUACCAGAUUUAGACAUCUGGUAGUCUGAACGAGAAAUAAGUAGCCAAAACAUCCUGGGCUACCGCUCAGGUCAAGCCCUGGAAGCUAGUAACUUUUGUAAGCUACUGAUUCCCCAAGUUUGUGGAAGUAUUUUUCAAUAGAGUAAUACAAUAUAAAGAUCAAAAUCAGUGACAAUUAUUUAUUAAUACUGUAUAUUAUUGUUUGAUACACAAAUCUAUACAUGUUACUGCAUGUAUUUUUGGUAAAACCGACACAUUCACACAAAUAUACUGUAUGCAUAUGUAAUAAACCUUUACACCAA